AUGAACUCCCCAGAAGGGCCCAGCUUUCCGUCCAGGCUGCUCUCAGGGGGCGCCUCCCCCAGCGGUGACGAGGGCUUCUUCCCCUUCGUGCUGGAGCGGCGGGACUCAUUCCUGGGAGGGGGCCCAGGGCCUGAGGAGCCAGAGGACCUGGCCUUGCAGCUGCAGCAGAAGGAGAAAGACCUGCUGUUGGCAGCGGAGCUCGGCAAGAUGCUUCUGGAGCGUAAUGAGGAGCUGCAGCGGCAGCUGGACACGCUGAACACCCAGCACGCUGAGCGUGAGGAACAGCUGCAGCAGCAGAACCAUGAACUGCGCCGGGGCCUGGCAGCCCGGGGAGCCGAGUGGGAGGCCAGGGCAGUGGAACUGGAGAGGGACGUGGAGGCCCUUAGGGCCCAGCUCGGAGAGCAGCGUUCUGAGCAGCAGGACAGCGGCCGGGAGCGGGCUCGGGCCCUCAGUGAACUCGGCGAACAGAACCUCCGGCUCAGCCAGCAGCUGGCCCAGGCCUCACAGACUGAGCAGGAGCUUCAGCGGGAACUGGACAGCCUUCAAGGGCAGUGCCAGGCUCAGGCCCUGGCUGGGGCAGAGCUGAGGACGCAGCUGGAGAGUCUGCAGGGGGAGAAUCAGAUGCUCCAGAGUCGCCGGCAGGACCUGGAGGCCCAGAUUCGAGGUUUGCGUGAGGAGCUGGAGAAGGGGCGGGGCAGGCUGCAGGCCACCCAUGAGGAGCUGCUGCUGCUGCGGCGGGAGAGGCGGGAGCACGGUCUGGAGCUGGAACGCGCGCGCUCCGAGACUGAGGAGGCGCUGAGCUCGCUGCGAAGGCUGCAGCGGCGCGUCUCGGAGCUGGAGGAGGAGUCGCGCCUCCAGGACGCCGACCUCUCGGGAGCCUCGCUGCAGUUAGAGCUCGCCCACAGCCUAGACAGCGACCAGGACCAAAACCAGAACACGGACAGAAGCGGAGAUCCUCUGACCACUCUAUCCCCGGAGAUCCAAGAAGUGUCCAGCCAGCAGCGUUCGCCCCAGGAGAGGUUGGAGCCUCCCAGGAAGGGAGCAUCCCUGAGCCCAGAGGAGAUACUGGGAGAAGAGGAGGAGGAAGUGGUCCGGUUACAGGUUGAGAUGGCGCUGCAGCAGGCAGAGCUACAGUCCCUGCGGGAGGAACUGCAAAGGCAGAAGGAACUGCGGGUGCAGGACCCCGAGGAGGCCUUAAGCAGCGCCCUCUCGGACCGAGACGAGGCCAUGAAAAAGGUCCUGGAACUGUCCCUGGAGCUCAGCCGCGUUUCUCUGGAGCGGGACUCCCUCUCCCGGGAGCUGCUUCGCACCAUCCGCCAGAAGGUGGCGCUGACGCAAGAGCUGGAGGCCUGGCAGGACGACAUGCAGGUGGUCAUCGGUCAGCAGCUGCGCUCGCAACGCCAGCAAGAGCUGAGUGCAGCCGCCUCCGCCCCGAGCCCCGCCCCAACGCGCUUCUCCCUGCGCCUGAGCCCCGGGCCCGCCGUCAGCUUCUUCAGCACCCUCUUCCGAAGGACCUGA